GAUUCGAAGUGGGCGCUUUUUUUAGAUGUACUAGGCCAUUACUUGAACCAAAAGUACAGCGGCUAAUCGAAUUACACAUGCUCAGAGAGCUUUGUUAUUCAAACUACUUCAAACUCACUAAUGGCGGGUGUAGAAACUAGCCGUGGUCAGUUAAAAGAUACAAGGAGGGCUUUAUUUCGGACCCCAAAUCAAGAUGACAAUAGUAAGGCACCAGAAGCGUUGGAGGCCUUACUAAACAGAAUUCAAGUAGAUAUUGAAGUGGACUCUAACCUUCAAGGUCUUAGAAAAGAGAUCCAUGAACAGACUCUUACUAAGUUGAGACAGGAACUGACUCAGAUUGGUCAAGAUGAAUGGAUGUACAAACCCAUUGAUCAGAUUAUUGGAUUUUGAGUUGUUUUUUGCAUUGCACAAUUAGCUGUAACAAGGUCUCCAGAAUGGGUCUAAGGCAUUGAUGAUUGAUAGACAUUUUAAGUCAGAGGUCAUUCACAAGACAAUGUGGGGCAGGGUAUGGCAAUGUUGGCCAAACAAGAGACAGUCUCCUUCGGACUGA